GCCACAAUAAAAUCAAACCUUCCAUGACAAAUUAAACGAGAAGCAAGCCGUGCAUGAGUGUUGUUGUAAGGUCUAGUUUAUAUGACAACUAGGUAGAUCAUCAGAAAAGUGUGGAGAUAAGUAGAUAUGUCUCUUACUAAUGCCAGGAAGCUUGAAAUGGACAAGGCUACUGCCGUUUACGCCGACAAGAAAUUCUGGAGCCACUUUCCCCGCUACGGCGGCGGACUGGGCCACGGCCCAGGGUUUGGCAACGGCCCGCCGGCUGGCUUGGGAGGCGGAGUGGGACUGGGUGGGGGCUUUGGCUUUGGCGGUGACGCCGGCCGACUUGGCGGCCGCGUAGGCGGCGGCUUUGGAGGCGGCGUUGUGGGCGGAGACGGGAAGGAUGCUUCUGUUUCCGGUGGUGGAGCUGCUGGAGAUGGACUUCCAUAACUGUAAUCUCAAUAUAUACACAAACCAAAUGUCUUAAUUUCCGAUCAGUAGUGCAGUGGCAGUGUCUCUCUAGCUAGCUAGUGGAUAUUAGCAAAG